CUACCUACCUCCAUUUAAAUCACAGUAUGGUACCAUAAUAUAUGCCAUGGUAAAAUAAAAUGAAAUGUGUCAUCUAUCGUAUUAUAUUUUGAUAAUUACAAAUCCAAAUGGCUAGGAGUAACUCUGUUCCUCUUGAAAAAAGUAAUAGUGCUAGUAGGGACAUGGGUAAUAAUAAUAAUAGUAGUAAUAUUAAUGCUGUAACUAUUGAUAACAACGUGGGUACAUUUGAAUUUGAGGUUGGCAGUUUUAACCGGCAAAAUCAUGAUGAUGGUCAUGAGAUUGUAUCGUCAGCAGAUGUUAACAAUCUGCUACUCUUUGCAACAAAGUCUCUCUCAACAAAUGAUUUCCAGGCAAAUCGAUUUGUCCCUGCCGACAUUGAUGUAAAGCCUUCAAUGAUCAUUCAAUGCAAGCAACGACAAGCAAUUCCAAUUAGCGUUCUCGACAACAGCAGUAGCACAGACAAUGACGAAAUUUCUUACAACAAAAUCCUGAUGAAGGCGUCAUCUACUCUCAACAAUGAGGACACCACCAACUGUUCUUCAGCAAUAAAUAACUCAAACACAUCAACUUUGAUUAGUAAGGAAGAUAAGGUGUGUGUUGUGUGCGGAGAUAGAGCACUUGGUUGCAACUUUGAUGUGGUCUCAUGUGAAUCGUGUAAGGCAUUCUUCAGGAGGAAUGCUCACAAAGAGAAGGAGAUGAAAUGCAUAUUUGAUGGAUGUUGCUACAUAAACGUGCACACGAGGAGGUUCUGCUCCUACUGUAGGUUGAAGCAGUGCAUGCAGGCGGGCAUGAGGAAGGAA